AUGGCUUCAAUAGAAGAAGAUAUUAAUUGGGGUGGGGUAAUGGGACGCCGGACCUUAAGAGAGUGGGGUUGUGAUGCCGGAGAAGAUGACCGGAAACUUUUGCCGAAAAUAAGAGCAGGGAUGGAGACUGGAGAUUCUCGGGGGUUUGCUUUUGUUAGGCAUAAGUAUGCAGAUGAGACUCAGAAGGCAGUGGACAAGCUUGACAGAAGAGUUGUUGAUGGCAGAGAGAUAAUGGUUCAGUUUGCCAAAUACGGGCCAGAUGUUGAAAGAAUCGUACGUCCUGUUUUUUCUGGUCCGGAUCGCGAACCCGUGGCACUUGGUUUGAUUUUGUACCCGAGUCCGUUACGGGGGCCUCUUCAUAAAGUGUACCACGGAAACGAAGAAGAUUCUGAGUUCAAAGUUACCGAGUGUGACGGCCGAGCUGUCAGUUUUCUCUACAAGGCUACUACAGCCCGUUUGGAUUCAAUAGUGUUGCAUUUUCUUCCCUUCACUAAUCAGAAAAACGGGAUAGAUGAUGACAUGAGACUGUCAACUGUACAGUCGGUUCUUAACACGUGCCAGGUGGAAUCCUCGGUGUCUUCGUUAUAUGGUUUUGUGGCAUUGGCAGAUUCGUUUGGAUCUUGUUGGAUUGUGGGGCUCACGUCUGGUUUUGAAUGUAUUGUGCUCGGAAUGGAAAGUUGGAAUCUUUUGCUUCCUGCUCAUGUUGAUAAAGAAAAGAAAUUCGAAAGUUUGGAAGAAAAUACGGUUCCCGGAGAUGCUACUAUUAUAAGUAAAGAAUUACUCGCGGGCCCGAAAGUGGUUAUUGUGCCACCUACAUCACCGAACCCUGUUGCUGCUGACUCUAUUGAAGGGAGGUCUACGCUACAUCAGUACUUCAAGCUUUUUCAUGAGAACUAUGUUGAGUAUGCACAUAAGGUUUACUUUGAGCUCAAACACCAUGGACCGCAACUAAAGAAAAUAAUUGAUGAACAACAUGCUCGGUUACGUGAGGCACAACAAAAGCUAGCGAAAGUAGAAGAGAAACAAGAAAAUUUGGAAAACCGAAUAGAUCGUGUAAUUCAGACUCAUGGUUUGUUAGAAGAACGGUUGUUAAACCUAAGAAACCUACUGGGAAUCCACAAGAAACCGUUGUCGAAAGCAGAGCGAGAGUUCAAGAUGGAGCUUGACAAGUUUAGAGGAGUGGAAAUAGAUGCGUUACACACAACCAUAGAAACUAUAAAUGGUCGAAUAAAAAGAUAUUCAUCUUCUCCACAAAGCAAAAGACCGAAUCAAAGAAGACUGAUUGCAGGGCGGAGAAUGAGUAAUGCUGAAGAUGAUGAGAUGGCCCACCUCAAAUCGUCAAUUGCUAAGCUUUCUUUAGUCAACAGUGAGAACACCAAAAAAGUCAAACUUGUGGAUUCAGCUUUGAGAAAUCAUGAAAGCUCAAGUUGAGGAAAGGAAGAGUUGUUGAUGGCAGAGAGAUAAUGGUUCAGUAUGCCAAAUACAGGCCAGAUGUUGAAAGAAUGUGAGUCGAGUAUUUGGUAAUUUUGCGUCUGAAUUAGCAUUUUAUGCGAAUAGGAGUGUUCCCAAACGCUAAAUCAGUCGGAGCGUUCCCCAAACGUGAUUUCAUAUGAUUUGUAACGAAUUUAAUGAAAAUCGCGUACGGCCUGUUUUUUCUGGUCCGGAUCGCAAACCCGUGGCGCUUGGUUUGAUUUUGUACCCGAGACCGUUACGGGUGAUCUGGUUCGCGAUACGGGCGGAGGGGGGUCUGUGAUUCUUGUGAUUAUGGCUAAUAUGCAUAAAUAUUAAGUCAUAUGUGCUAUUACCUGCUUAGUUAAUAGGAAAUGAGCAUCAUUUAGUGUUUAGGUGCUUUCAAUUUAUAUGUUUCACCCAUAUUAAGCUGUGUCAAUAUAGCCAAUGCCACCAUGAAAUGUGUAAUUUUAUUCCAUGUUCAUUACUGUCAUUUUUCACAGACGAUGGCAACUUCUAAAAUGUGUAGUAUUAUCAUCAUUUGGCUGAAA